AUGAGUCAAAGAUGGAACUUAGAUCUGGUAUUAGCAGGACAAGUCCCGGAUUGGGCAGCUAAAUCGUUGAAAAUAGACGGAAUGCAUUCGAAUGAAGGAGGAAAGAGUCUUGCCGAAUUUCCACCAGAGCUGCUUGUCCAAAUUUUCCAAUAUGUGGCGUCCCCAACCUGCAACUCGGUCCCAUUGCACAUGGAUUUUUUUGAAGCGAAGAAUAAAAUGGAUCUCCUAACAGUACUAUGGUUGCGAAACGGUGAAGCCGACUGUGAGAAACUUGUUCUCUUUGAGAUCAGUCUGCCGAAAGGAUUCAAUGACACUCGGGAGGUCACAGUCCACAAAUAUGGAGGAACUGGAACCGUGUGCCCGUCAACACAUUUUAAAAGAGUUAGAAAGUACAACGAGGAGUUCCAGGAUAUUGAACCAUUCGAAAAAAUCGACCAGCUCUUUGUCGUCAACACAGUGCUCAGCGAAGAGCUUCUCGAAACUGUGAUCCGUCUGGACCUGACGGAAGCCUCGAAGAUCACGUUCGAAAAAAUUUCUGGAUUUAAAUUCGAUGAAGGUGUCAACCUCCACCAGCGAAUUCAACAAUUUUUUGAUGAUCUGAACUCGCCAGCAAUCGUUUACUUUCAUUCGAAUAUUUUCAAUGCGGCGGCCACACUCCUCAAUCAGUUCAAUGGAGAGGAUGCAGCUUUCAUGGAAGUGGAAGAUACAUUUGUGAGAGCUCAAAUUAAGCAGGACUUCUGGAAUGUUGGUACCUACACAAAGCGGCACAAGAACAUCAGAUACGCAACUGAUGACUACAAAAUCGGGAAGUUCCGAGAACACCGAACCAUGAAUGUUAUCAUCCUCGGCCAGCACCACUCCACAGUUCCAGAUCGGAAACACGGGACAAGAGCUCGAUUGAAUGCGUAUUGGGCUGAACUCAAUGAGGCUUACACACAACUGACAAUAUUCAAGACAGCAGAUGAACAGAACACCGGAAGAGACCAUUUGAGGAUGGCAUUCAAACUGCUCAAAGGAAAAUCGAAGAAAUCGAAAAUGGAAAUUCUCUACCACUUGAAAUCUGUGAAAAAGAUAAUCGAAGACAACGGACCAUUUCCCGCGAGAGGAAAACGUGUCAAUCGCCUGGCUGAAGAAAUUGAGGAUUGUGAGAGCGGUCCGUCGACUUGA